GUAAGAUUUCUUUUCUUUUAUUAUUAGUUCAUAACAACAUUUCUCUAUUCUACUUUAAAAGAUGACAGAAGUAGAUAUUCAUUGUAAUGUGUUGAAAUGUAGGAAAUCAUUAACAUUAGAAACACAGGCAUGCGUUACAUCUUGUUCACAUAUAUUUUGUGUAGAUUGUUCAAAUAGUUUAUUCUCCAAAGCACUAUCAUGUCCCGCAUGUAAUGCAAACUUAUCUAACAAUGAUGAUAUAAACUUAACUCAGCUUAAUCCUACGGAAGAAUAUAAAUCAUCUAUAUUGGCAGGAUUAAAACCAGAUAUUAUUUUAGAUAUAAGUAUGAGGGCUAUCUCUUUUUAUGAAUAUCAAACAUCGCAAGAGUUACUUUAUAAAUCAAUGAUACAAAAGAGUAUUGAAAAUAAAUACCAUACUUUAAGAGAUAAAUUCGAAAUAACAACAAGAGAUCUGAAUCAUGUUAUUAAUGCUGAAAAAAAGAAACAAAUAGCUUUAGUAAAAGAAUUUGAAUUAGAAAAAUUGAAAUCUCAACAGAUACUUGGUAAGCUUGAAGAAAAAUCAAAGCAAUUUCAAAAAUUGCAGGUAAAUAGACCCCCCUACUACUCUUUCUUUCUUUCUUUAUCCAUUUUUUAUAUAUGUUUAUAUUUAGUCUAUGUAUGAAAAACUGAAAAGAAAGGCAUUGACUACAAAUAUACAAGAAGCAUUUGCAUGUGUUCAACCCUCAAGUCAACAUAUGCUGACUUAUCAUCAAACAAAUUCUCUUUCAAGAAUAG